GGGUUAUCUCACAGCCACCAUUCAAUAACUCCACUCACUCCCAGUGCUGCUUUAAAAGCUCAUCUUCCGGUCUAUUCGAGCCACAACGUCCCCUGCACAUCGAAAUCGACUCGGAACAUGAGCUCUCCGUACCCUGGCCAAAAAACCGCUGUCAAUAUUGUCUUGGGUGCCAUGACUUUCGGGGCACCGGGGACACUAGGGGCGCGUCUUUCAGAUAUUAAAGAUAUCGAGGCCAUUAUCGAUGAAUUUCUCAGCCACGGUCAUCGCGAGAUAGAUGCAGCACGCGUAUAUGGCAAUGGCACGAAUGAACAGUACCUCGGGCAGAUCGACUGGAAGAACAAGGGCGUGCUGAUGGAGACAAAGCUGUACCCGGUCUCACCGGAAACGGACUUCGCCGGAAAUCACUCGCCCGCCAGCAUCCGCAAGUUCUGCCAGAUGUCUCUAGAUGCUCUCAAGACCGACACAAUUGAAAUGUGGUAUCUGCACGGUCCGGACCGCAAGACCCCCUUCGAAGACACACUACGCGCUGUAAACGAGCUCUACAAGGAGGGCAAGUUCAAGCGUUUGGGGAUCAGCAACUACAUGUCAUGGGAGGUGGCCGAGCUUUGCGGGAUCUGUGAGCGCAACGGCUGGAUCAAGCCGACUGUGUAUCAGGGCCUCUACAACGCGAUCCUUCGGACCGUUGAACCCGAGCUCUUCCCCUGCUUGCGUAAAUUCGGGAUUGCAUUUUACGGGUUCAACCCUGUGGGCGGGGGAUUCUUUACGGGUCGGUACUCCAGCAUUACCGACGAAGCGGAUAGCACCUCCCGCUUCUCUGGCGAAGGACGUGUCAGCACUCUCUACCGCAAGCGAUACUGGCAGCAAGCAUAUUUUGACGGGUUAAACAAAAUCUCUGCAGCAGCGGACAAACACGGCCUUACGAUGAUUGAAGUGGCGUUGCGCUGGACCAUGCAUCAUUCUCUGAUGAAGCGCGAAUUCGGAGAUGCGGUCCUCAUCGGUGCAUCGAGCAUGGCGCAUAUCAAACAGAAUCUGGCGGAUUUUGAAAAGGGAGCGCUGCCCGAAGAUGUCGUCGAGGCUUUGGACGAGGCUUGGGCCGGUGUCAAGGGAAUCGCAAACCCCUACUACCAUUAGUUACUCAACUCUAUUGCUAUUCGGCUCAGUCGCCCGAAGCUCAAUCUUUUCAAUUUUCUUCUUUACCGUUCUACUGUCAAUGUGCGAGUGUAGCCAUUGCUCCGUUGCUUUCGUCCAGCAAAUUCAUGAAUCGUGACUGUCCCA